GAUCUCAAACACAUGCAUGCACGGAUAGUAUUUGAUUCAAAACUACAUCUUUAUGGAACAACUAGAUCGGCUCCUCCAGAAAAAUUCUCUGCAAGUAUGCUAGUUGCCGUGGUUGCCAGAUAG